CCAUGCUCACAAGGACAGGAGCAGAUGAGCCAGACUGCUGCAGCUGAUAAAUGUGAUGUAAUGUUGCCUGUUUAGUGAAUACGAAUGGCUGUCUGUGCCAGGCUCUGCGGAGUGGGUCAGUCGCGGAGGUGUCGGCGGCGACAGCGGCAAAACCAGCAGGGUCAGGGGAGCGAUUCUGACAUGGACGAGGAAGAAGAGGAGCAGAUCGUGGGGCUGAAGCAGAGCGACGCUGGCGGCGGCGGAGGCCCGGAGAGCGGAGCCGCCACUGCAGGGCCGAGUGACGCUUGCGAAAAUGGCAGCGGUCAUGUCAACAGAGGCUCUCUGGAUAGCACGAGCACGGGACCUCAACACCCGCAAUCAUUAGCGGAGUUACCCCCGGAGCUUUUAGUGGAAACGUUCUCCUUGCUUCCUGGAACUGCACUACCGAAUGUUGCCCUCGUAUGCAAGAAAUUCAGACAAAUCCUUAACACUGAAACCAUCUGGAGAAGGCGGUGCAUGGAAGAGUUUGGAAUGAAGGAGGAUCUGAGGAAGAUGGAGGUGGAAGGAGUAUCUAGCCGGGACAUUUAUGUUAAACUGCUUCACCCAUACAGACAGAUCUUUGGUUUAUGGCAGCCUGACAUAGGGCCUUAUGGCGGAUUGCUUAACGUUGUGGUUGAUGGGCUGUUCAUCAUCGGCUGGAUGUAUUUACCUCCUCAUGACCCACGGGUGGAGGAUCCCAUGAGAAGACGGCCACUCUUCCGUAUCCAUUUGUGGGAGAGCAAAAAAUCCACUGUGGAGUGUAUGUAUGGACACAAGGGUCCCCACAAAGGAGACAUACAGACUGGGAAGAAAGAUGAAUUUUCAACAAAGUGUAGCCAGACUGAUCACCACCGCAUGCCAGGGGGCAGACAGGAGGAGUUCAGGACAUGGUUGGAGGAAGAAUGGGGCCGGACGCUAGAAGAAAUCUUCCAUGAGCACAUGCAGGAGCUCAUCCUGAUGAAGUUCAUUUAUACUAGUCAAUACGAUAACUGCUUGACAUACCGGAGGAUCUACCUGCCGCCUACAAUGCCCUCUGACCUGCUGCGCCCAGGCCUCUUCAAAGGCACUUACGGCAGCCACGGUUUGGAGAUCGUCAUGCUCAGUUUCCACGGGAAUUCUGCAAGAGCCACCAAGCUCACUGGAGACCCCAAUGUUCCUGCAGGGCAGCUCACUCUGGAUGUUGACCUGAGUCGACCUGUGGUCCUCCCAGACUUAAAGCAUCAGCGCAAUAUAGAGGAGCUGUCCCGGCUGGUACUGGGGGUACACGAGGAAGUCCAGAGGGCACAACAACAACAACAGGCCAUGGACACUGCUACAGCGGAGGGGGCCUGCAGUGAUGUCACCGCAGCAGGAGGUGUGGAGGCAGAGCGAGUUACCGGUACAGACAGCCCCCCGCCGGAGCCCAGCAGCAGCAUCAGCCCUCCUGAAUCCCAGCCCUUCGUCCUGCCCCUCGGCGUUAUGGCUCGCAACGAGGUCUACCCUCGCACCUGCAGGCAAUGGUAAGAACUCAUCUGUAUGGUAAA